AUGGAGAUCCAUCUUUACAUCUGGCUUCUCUCUAUACCAGAGCCCACAACACCUCCACCAGAGCCCACAACAGAACCUCCACCAGAGCCCACAACACCUCCACCAGAGCCCACAACAUCUCCACCAGAACCCACAACAGAACCUCCACCAGAGCUCACAACACCUCCACCAGAGCCCACAACACCUCCACCAGAGCCAACAACACCUCCACCAGAGCCCACAACAGAACCUCCACCAGAGCCCACAACACCUCCACCAGAGCCUACAACACCACCACCAGAGCCCACAACAGAACCUCCACCAGCGCCAACAACAGCUCCACCAGAGCCCACAACACCUCCACCAGAGCCAACACCACCUCCACCUGAGCCCACAACACCUCCACCAGAGCCCACAACACCUCCACUAGAGCCCACAACAGAACCUCCACCAGAGCCAACAACACCUCCACCAGAGCCCACAACACCUCCACCAGAACCCACAACACCUCCACCGGAGCCAACCACACCUCCACCAGAGCCCACAACAGAACCUCCAUCAGAGCUAACAACACCUCCACCAGAGCCCACAACACCUCCACCAGAGCCAACAACACCUCCACCAGAGCCUACAACAGAACCUCCACCAGCGCCAACAACAGCUCCACCAGAGCCCACAACACCUCCACCAGAGCCAACACCACCUCCACCAGAGCCAACAACACCUCCACCAGAGCCUACAAUAGAACCUCCACCAGAGCCCACAACAGAACCUCCACCAGAGCUAACAACACGUCCACCAGAGCCUACAACACCUCCACCAGAGCCCACAACAGAACCUCCACCAGAGCCCACAACACCUCCACCAGAGCCAACAACACCUCCACCAGAGCCCACAACAGAACCUCCACCAGAGCCCACAACACCUCCACCAGAGCCCACAACACCUCCACCAGAGCCCACAACACCUCCACCAGAGCCCACAACAGAACCUCCACCAGCACCAACAACAGCUCCACCAGAGCCCACAACACCUCCACCAGAGCCAACACCACCUCCACCAGAGCCAACAACACCUCCACCAGAGCCUACAAUAGAACCUCCACCAGAGCCCACAACAGAACCUCCACCAGAGCUAACAACACGUCCACCAGAGCCUACAACACCUCCACCAGAGCCCACAACAGAACCUCCACCAGAGCCCACAACACCUCCACCAGAGCCAACAACACCUCCACCAGAGCCCACAACAAAUCCACCAGAGCCAACACCACCUCCACCAGAGCCCACAACACCUCCACCAGAGCCCACAACACCUCCACCAGAGCCCACAACACCUCCACCAGAACCCACAACAGAACCUCCACCAGAGCCCACAACACCUCCACCAGAGCCUACAACACCUCCACCAGAGCCCACAACAGAACCUCCACCAGCGCCAACAACAGCUCCACCAGAGCCCACAACACCUCCACCAGAGCCCACAACACCUCCACUAGAGCCCACAACACCUCCACCGGAGCCAACCACACCUCCACCGGAGCCCACAACACCUCCACCAGAGCCCACAACACCUCCACCAGAGCCCACAACACCUCCACCAGAACCCACAACAGAACCUCCACCAGAGCCCACAACACCUCCACCAGAGCCAACAACACCUCCACCAGAGCCAACAACACCUCCACCAGAGCCCACAACAGAACCUCCACCAGAGCCCACAACACCUCCACCAGAGCCCACAACACCUCCACCAGAGCCAACAACACCUCCACCAGAGCCCACAACACCUCCACCAGAGCCUACAACACCUCCACCAGAGCCCACAACAGAACCUCCACCAGCGCCAACAACAGCUCCACCAGAGCCCACAACAGAACCUCCACCAGAGCCCACAACAGAACCUCCACCAGAGCCAACAACACCUCCACCAGAGCCCACAACACCUCCACCAGAACCCACAACACCUCCACCGGAGCCCACAACAGAACCUCCACCAGAGCCCACAACAGAACCUCCACCAGAGCCAACAACACCUCCACCAGAGCCCACAACACCUCCACCAGAACCCACAACACCUCCACCGGAGCCCACAACACCUCCACCGGAGCCAACCACACCUCCACCGGAGCCCACAACACCUCCACCAGAACCUACAACACCUCCACCGGAGCUCACAACACCUGCAGAGCCAACAACACCUUCACCUUCACCUACACCGGAGCCAACAACACCUCCACCUCCACCGGAGCCCACAACACCUCCACCAGAGCCCACAACACCUCCA